AUGGCUGUUAGCUAUAGGGCGAAAGCCAUGACGGCUCCCUUGUCCUUGGGGCUGGUAAUUGCUUUCUUUGGAGCUGUCACCCAAGCUCAUGAGCACGAUACAAGCAAAAUCCCCGAAGGCCAGACAGUGUCUGUAGAACCUUUGGAUACUGUGUUAUGGAUUCACAUCUUCAUACAGAUGCUGGCUUACGGCGUCAUAUUCCCAAUUGGCAUGGUUCUAGGCAUGACCAAGAACCGAUGGCAUGUCCCGACCCAAGCCGUUGGCACCGUCCUCGCCAUCCUUGGCUUCUUCCUCGGCCACGCGCACAAGGGCCGCCAAUUCAUCCCCAACCACGUCCACGGAAAGUUCGCACACAUUCUUCAGCUGCUCCUGGCCGCGCAGGUCUUCAUCGGGGUGUAUCUCAAGCUUCAUUGGGAGAAGGGUAUCAACGGCAAGAUUCGAAAGAUUGUCCGCCCGUGCCAUGGCAUCAUUGGCAAGGCAAUGCCUAUUCUGGCGUGGACGCAGAUGAUCUUUGGCGGCAUCACAGCUCUGGGCUUCUGCCAGGACUCGCACACCGGCCAAUGUGCAGCCCACUUCAUCAUGGGAGGUGCUUUUAUUGCAUACGGAAUUGUCCUUACCAUUCUCCUUCUCGUCGGUCAACUAUGGAUUCGAAGCCGCGGACGCUCGCAGGAGUUUUACGAUAGUGCCGUGAUAGCUGCAUGGGGCUGCGUCAAUACGUUUACCGAGCACCGCUGGGGUGGCCCUUGGGUCAAGAAUGACUGGCAGCAUACGACUAUGGGCGUCAUCUGGUGGUGCGCCGGUCUGGCUGGUGUUUGGUUGAGCAAGGAUCGUGACGGACGCCCCAAGCGCAACUUCAUCCCAGGAUUCGUGAUCCUCAUUACUGGCUGGGCCAUGUCUGCGCACCCGCAGGAUCUGAUGGUCAGUGCUGCGACGCACACCAUGUUUGGAUAUACCCUCAUGGGUGUGGGAUUCACUCGAAUCAUCGAGAUCGCUUUUGUUCUCAAGGAUGCGCACUCUAUCUCGGAAGAUGGUCGAUCUGCCAACAGCUUCCAGUUUAUCCCCGUUUUUCUCAUGUAUGCUGCCGGCUUCCUUUUCAUGGGUGCCACCGAGGAGCAGAUGAACCUUGUCGCCGGUUCUAGCAUGGACCAUGUUUCGUACAUCCUCAUCACCUUUUCGCUCGCCUCGCUGAUGUUCCUGUUUGUCAACAUGCUCAUUCACCUUUGGGACCGGCUUGCGCACCCUCCGCUGAACACCAAGGAUUUCGGUACCAGUCACACACACGCGAACGGCCAGGCUGUCGAGGAUGGACAGAUUCGAGAUGCUGAAGAGUUCGAACUGGAUGGACUCAUGAGCGAUGACGAAGACGACCCUAGUCGACGAAUGCUCGGUCCCAACAGCGAGGAUAGUGGAAGCACCAUGGGCAGAAAUCACCAAACCCGUGUUCAAUAA